AAUGGUUAUGUUUGACGUUUAUCAAUUUUAAGAUUUUAGGUUAUAAAAUUUAAAAAAUUAGUUUAUUUUGGUAUCCUGAAAAAUGGUACUCCACAGUGGAAUUUGAACCCCGAUAUCUGAUCAAAGUGAGAUACAAGUGUUUAAGUUCCAUUUUGCCAUUCAUACUACGGACUGUCAAUGAGUUCAACAAGAGAAAAAUACGGGCCCCUCAUAGGAGCUAUUGAUGAAGGCACUUCCAGCACCCGGUUUUUGAUAUUUGCAUCGAAAACAGCUGAAGUUUUAACGUACCAUCAGAAUGAGGUGUCACAUAUAUGUCCACAAGAGGGAUGGUUCGAGCAAGAUCCUAUGCUGUUGCUUCAAGCCGUUAAAGAAAGCAUAGACAUCGCAUGUGACAAUCUUAAGAAACUGAAUAUUGACUUUGAGGACAUUGUCGCCAUUGGGAUAACAAAUCAAAGAGAAACCACCGUUUUAUGGGAUAGAAUAACUGGAAAACCUCUAUACAAUGCCUUGGUGUGGAUGGAUAUGAGAACGUCUAGCACUAUGGAUGAGAUUUUGCAGUAUGGAAAAAAGGACAAGAACUUUUUGCAAUACGUCUGUGGCCUGCCGGUCAGUACAUAUUUCAGUGCCUUAAAAAUAAAAUGGAUGAUAGAUAAUGUAAAAGGCGUAAAAGAAGCCAUGGACGAAGGCAGAUGUAUUUUCGGCAAUAUUGAUAGUUGGCUUAUAUGGAAUCUUACGGGGGGUAAAAAUGGAGGACUUCACAUCACAGACUGUACAAACGCGUCCCGAACUAUGCUAAUGAAUAUUGAAACGUUAAAAUGGGAUCCUCAACUUUGCAAAGUGUUUGGAAUUCCGAUGAACAUUUUGCCCGAAAUAAGAUCGUGCUCGGAAAUUUAUGGCUAUAUUGCGGAUGGUUUUAAAUUAGCCGGUGUUCCCAUAUCAGGGAUAUUGGGAGACCAGCAAGCAGCCUUAGUGGGCCAGUUGUGUUUUAAAAUAGGCCAAGCAAAAAACACUUAUGGGACUGGCUGUUUCAUUUUGUACAACACUGGAACUUGCAUGGUACACUCAAAUCAUGGUCUUUUAACGACAGUGGGGUACAAGCUGGGCCCCGAUCAACCAACGAUUUAUGCCUUAGAAGGUUCCGUCGCUAUAGCAGGAAUAUGUUUACGGUGGUUGAGAGACAGUCUUCAGAUAAUCAGUGAUCCGAGCGAAGCAGCCGAUAUGGCGCAAGGAAUGUCUGAACCUGGCGAAGUUGUAUUUGUACCAGCAUUUUCAGGUUUAUAUGCACCAUACUGGAGAAAGGAUGCCCGAAGCGUUAUCUGUGGUUUAACGGAAGAAACCAAACCCGGACACCUAGUAAAGGCAGCCCUAGAAGGUGUUUGUUAUCAGGUUAGGGACGUUUUGGAGGCAAUGUCGCGAGAUUGUGGAAUACCAUUGAAACAACUUCUGGUAGAUGGAGGAAUGACCAUCAACGACUACUUAAUGCAAAUGCAGGCAGAUUAUUGCGGAAUACCUGUAGUGAGACCAACUAUGUUGGAAACAACUGCACUUGGUGCCGCAAUUGCGGCGGGAACUGCAAAAGGUGUUGAAGUAUGGGACGCUUCCAAAAUUAAAGCCACUCCGAAUGAUCUUUUCGUUCCCUCCAUUAGUGCCAAUGUUCGCGACAUGAAAUACACACGUUGGAAAAUGGCCAUUAAACGCAGCUUAGGAUGGGCUGUCGAAGAUGAUAGUAAAAUUCCUCAGAAAUCACGAUUCUAUCGUCUAACUGACGAAGAGGAUUAUAGUUCAGCUUCAGAAGCCAUACGAUCAUCUCUUCCUGGCUCUUGGUUCUUAUUCGGCACGGCCGUAGUAUUAGUACUAGCACAAGUGUUUAACAAAGGACGCACGUAGACAUGUUAGUACGUUUCUUGUGUAAUAGUACAAAACUAAAUUCCUUCCUAAAUGUUGUUUUUGUACUUAAUUUUUAUGAGGUUUCUUUGUGUAAUUUGACAGCGUUUGGUUAAUUCUACUGUGACCUUAGAUGAUAAUUUAUUAUAUUUUUUAUUAUUGUAGAGUAGCUUUUAGACAUUAAAAGCAGACCGACAAUAGAAAGAAUGCAAUAAACUUUGUUGUGAAACUUUA